GUUUUUGAGAGGAGAGAAACCCUAACGAGAAGGGGACAACGAACGAGAAGCGACAUGAAAGAGCCGAAGGAGAAGAAGAAAGGAGCCGAAGUAGCCGCCGGCGCAGGCGGAGAAGGCCUUUUUGCCUCUUGCUCCUUCUCCGAUCUAGGCCUUCAUCCCUUCCUCUGCCAACACCUCCGAGAUAAGAUGGGUUUCGAGUUCCCCACGCAGAUCCAGGCACAGGCCAUUCCUGUCGUCGUCUCUGGACGGCAUGUACUUGUCAAUGCUGCUACUGGCACCGGCAAGACGAUCGUGUACCUUGCCCCGAUCGUCCACCUUCUGCAGAUGUAUGAGCCGCGAGUUCAGCGAUCUGAUGGGACCUUUGCGUUGGUUCUUGUUCCAACGCGAGAACUGUGUAUGCAGGUCCAUGGAGUUCUGCAGAAACUAUUGCAUUGUUUCCAUUGGAUAGUUCCUGGGUAUAUAAUGGGUGGAGAAAACAGGGCAAAGGAGAAAGCCAGGUUGCGGAAAGGAAUAUCCAUUCUGGUAGCUACUCCUGGGCGUCUCUUGGAUCACUUAAAGAAUACUUCAUCAUUCAAUUACACAAAUUUGCGUUGGAUCGUCUUUGAUGAAGCUGACAGGAUCCUUGAAUUGGGAUUUGGGAAAGCAGUAGAAGAAAUACUAGAUUUUCUGGGUUCAAGACAAGCUGAUCAUGUCUGCAAACAGCAUAUGAACACAAAGUCUGCCAAAUUUUCAAGGCAGAACUUACUUCUUUCAGCAACCUUAAAUGAUAAGGUCAACCAUUUAGCAAAUAUCAGUUUAGAGAACCCAAUCAUGAUUGGCAUGGAUUGCAAGAAGGAUUCUACUGUACCACUAAAGCUGUCAUUAGGCGAUGCUGUCGGUGGAGAUUUGGAAGGCGUUGGUGCAUUAUCAAGUCAGCUGACAGAAAACUAUAACCUUCCUUCUCAGUUAGUUCAAAGAUAUGUUAAAGUGUCUUGUGGUUCAAGGCUUGUGGUUCUUCUCUCUAUUCUUAGAUUUGCUUUUGAAAGAGAAACCUCCCAAAAGAUUGUGGUUUUCUUUUCAACAUGUGAUGCAGUAGACUUCCAUUAUUCACUUUUAAACAAAUUUAAGUGGUCUCCUAAGCUGCAACCAGAGGCAAAUCAAGAGCAAAAAAUUGUCGGUUGUAGAUCCUUCCAUUUGCAUGGGAAUAUGGAACAUGAAGAUCGUAGAAAAGCAUUUCACGAAUUUACUUCUGAAAAAUCAGCUUUACUAUUGUGUACGGAUGUUGCUGCUAGGGGUUUGGAUUUUCCAAAGGUCAGGUGCAUCAUCCAAUAUGAUUCUCCAGGGGAGGCUUCUGAAUAUGUGCAUAGGGUCGGAAGAACGGCAAGGUUGGGUGAGAAAGGUGAAGCUUUGCUAUUCCUUCAACCAGUCGAGAUUGAUUAUUUGCAUGAUUUGCAGCAUCAUGGUGUCAGCCUAAAAGAAUAUCCACUUCAAAAGAUAAUAGACAGUUUCUCAGUGCAUGGGCAGAAGCACCAUAACAAGAAGCUAAUUUCUUUGGAGACACAUCCAUGGGUAUUAUUUCUGCAGAAGACACUUGAAACCUUUAUUUCAACGGAGUCCAAACUGAAGAAGCUAGCCAAUGAUGCAUUCUGCUCCUGGGUUCGGGCAUACACUGCUCACCGAGGUGAGCUGAAAAGAAUUUUUAUGGUUAAGAAACUCCAUUUGGGGCACGUGGCAAGAAGCUUUGGGCUGAAAGAUCAACCUUCAUUGGUUGGAAGAUCACACCAGAUAGAAUCCAAAAAGAGAAAGAGGGAUCAGAAGAAAGCUAUAUCUUUCAAAAGAAGAAAGUCAUCUUAGAAAAGCUCACUGCUAGCUAAGCAUCGAUAGGUAUUUAUCCAACAAACUAUGGUGAAGUUAACGUGUGUUGCUCUUUCUGUACACUAUAGGAGGGUGUUUGUGGUCAAAAUUAUGAUGAGUAUACCUCUUUUCAAUUAUUUAUAUCAACUAUUGUAUAAUCUUUUUUUUUCUUUCAGUUAUGUGAUUCAAAUUGCAGUCAAAUUUUAUCCU